UCAGUCGCAUUGCGCGUGUUUUUAUUCUUUGAAUAAACGCUCGCGCUCAAAAUAAACUUUCCAGUAAGCUUGAUCCACAUAACGCGACGCUUAACAAUGUACGAUAGUGCGACACGACUGAUGCGCGCUAUAUGCCCUAAUUUAAAGACUGCAAGUUUGUCGUAGCCUCGGGCAAAAAUUUCUGGAACUUAUUAGGCGUAAAGAUGGGCACAGUUGUGACCAAAAAGAAGCGAUUUGAGGUGGAGGAAGAUUUGGAGGUGGACGUGGGCGAAGCAACGAAGCAGGCGAAGCGAGUCGGAAGGCUGAGCAUGAUAAUCAGUGCUAUGCGGCCGAGCGCAAGGACCGACGGGGCCGUGCAGGGUCAUCACGCGUCGUCGGCCUGGUCCAAGGCUUUCUCGAAAAGGUCUAGACUGGGGCUCUUGCCACCGCCGACGGAGACGCUGUCCGAGCCGCCGGAAGAGUACAAUGCCAGACUGACUCGCGAGGAGGAGUUGCGGGCGCUGGAUUUCCACGAUCCGGAGGGCAAGCUGAAAUACGACGCCGAACUGCCGCAGAGCGAGACAGAGGACCAGUGCGCGAUCUGCACCAUGUACAAGCGGGACACGACGCUCCUCUGUCGGGUGUGCGGCCAGCCGUAUCACCAUGGCUGCCUUAUUGGUCGGGGACUGGGGCUUGACACCAACUCGUCCCGUGCUAUGGAGAACGCGGAAAGCGAUAUCGGCUGGAGUUGCCCUGAUUGCGAAACUCUGAGCGAACUUCUCCCCAUGGACAACAUGAGCGAGCUCAUGAUUCAAUUUGACAGCUACGACGCUGAUGGAGAUUCUGUUAUCAAUAUAACUGACUACAUGGAACACGAGACCAUAAACUAUCAACAGAAAAACAACGAGUCCUUGCCAAGUUCAAAGGCUAGGGAAUGCGAAGAAAUGUUUCGAACGUAUGACCGCGACAACGACGGCUCUGUUUCCUGGUGGGACUAUUCCAUGGUGGAGACGAUAAAGUGGCUGCAGCGACAGCCGCAGAAUAAACUUCUAGAAUACCUCAAGCCCAAGGAAAUCGCAAAACUCAGGAGCUUCUUCAGGAUGUCCGACAAGCGCAACGUCGGUCUGGUGACAGUGGGUGAAUCAGAGCAGGCGUACCGGGGCUGGCUUCGCGCUCUCGGACUGCACGAGACAGAAGAGAUGAUGCAUUCUUUUGAGAAAUCCAGCUGGUCAGAUGAAUGCAACAAAAUGAUCACGUGGGAGAGGUUUAUUAGCAGCAAGGCGUUGGCUCUCAUCACGUCACGACCGAACACAAUUACCAUCAAACCCUUCGUGACCACUCGAGAGGAGACCGCCCUCUAGGCUGGAGGUCGCUGCUGGAGAGCUUGAAGACGGGGAGUGGCUGGGGAGCGAGGAAGAGAAGUGUAUUGCAUGGCUGCAAUCAAUAUGCUUUCUAUUGCAAGUAGCUGCGGCUGUGGCUUCCAUAGGCGCACGCGCUAUUUCCAGCCGCAGCCCCAACUUUUUGGACAGUGAGAGAAUGCUUCUCUCCCUGCUUGCCUGUGCUCGUUCCGCGGUGAGCUUUGUGUCUGGGGGCGUCGUCGGACUACAGUGCAUGAAGUGGUUAAAGGGGAGCUCUCCACCACCCAGGGGUGUUCGUAAUUUCUGUUAACAGCACCAAGACAGGGGAGAACGGAAAACAUAAUUAUGUUACAAGACACUGAGGCAAUCGUUCUUCAUAACACAACGGUUCCAAAGUCUCUGGACUCCAAAACCUCAGAUCGGUAUGAAACGAUGUAAACAGGGCUGGGUGGUCCUUGCUGGGUCUAAAGUCAACUUAAUUGUGGACAUCACAGGUGUAGGGCGGAAAUUAACGGGUACUUAUAACCUGUGUAAACCUGCCACAAGGGGACAAAUCUGGGCACGAUCGCAACAAACUCUUGAAAUUUUACAUAUUUAUUGGAAUUUUCGUUGUGUUACUGCUUGUUGAAAGACUCAAUGAAAAACGAGCGUCGACAUUUCGAUCCUUAACGCUUACCCUUAACACAAAGCACGUUUAGCACUUUUAACAAAGUGUCGCAUGUACUAAUAAUGUUCUAGAACUACUUAGCCUACAGUACAGUUGAACCUCGUUAAUAAGAUCACUGUUAAUACAAGAUUCUGCUUAAGACAAGGAAAUUGUUAGGUCCCAAU